UUCUACCCUGAUCACGGAAAAUGUCAAACCGGCCGCAAGUUAAGAAAAUCGCAGAAAGGAAACGACGCAUCAUUUUUAGCGACAAAAAGAAUUAUUGAAUUUAAUUCAAUAAAAUAUUAUUUUCGCGAUUCGAUAUCGUGAAAAGACAGAAUCAUUAUGUUUGAUAAUGAAGAUGUGGACCACUUUGAGGAGGAGGAUCCAGAGGAAAUCUCUCACGAACUGUGGCAAGAAGCCUGCUGGAUCGUCAUCAACGCCUACUUUGACGAGAAAGGUCUUGUCAGGCAGCAGCUGGACAGUUUCGAUGAGUUCAUUCAGAUGUCCGUUCAACGAAUCGUCGAGGAUUCCCCAGCUAUUGAACUGACGGCAGAAGCUCAGCACACUUCUGGAGAUAUUGAAACGCCGACACGAUAUGUACUGAAAUUCGAUCAGAUUUAUCUUUCGAAGCCGACCCAUUGGGAAAAGGAUGGUUCACCGUCGCCUAUGAUGCCGAAUGAGGCACGUCUGCGUAAUCUUACGUAUUCUGCGCCGUUGUACGUUGAUAUCACCAAAACAAAAAUCGUAGAAGGUCAAGAACCGGUGGAAACUCAACAUCAGAAGACGUUCAUCGGAAAAAUUCCAAUCAUGUUGCGAUCCACGUACUGCUUGCUUUCACAGUUGACGGAUCGUGAUUUGACCGAAUUGAACGAAUGUCCCCUUGAUCCCGGCGGUUAUUUCAUUAUCAACGGUUCCGAGAAGGUGUUGAUUGCACAGGAAAAAAUGGCCACCAAUACGGUGUACGUGUUCAGCAUGAAAGACGGCAAGUAUGCCUACAAAUCGGAAAUUCGUUCCUGCUUGGAACAUAGCUCCCGCCCAACAUCCACACUCUGGUGCAACAUGAUGGCGCGUGGUGGUCAAAGUAUCAAGAAGUCGGCCAUCGGCCAACGGGUGAUUGCCAUCCUACCGUACGUAAAACAGGAAAUUCCGAUCAUGAUUGUAUUUCGAGCAUUGGGUUUUGUGGCCGAUCGUGAUAUCCUCGAGCACAUUAUUUACGAUUUUGACGAUCCAGAAAUGAUGGAAAUGGUCAAGCCAUCGCUCGACGAAGCUUUCGUCGUGCAGGAGCAGAACGUGGCUUUGAACUUCAUUGGUGCAAGAGGUGCUCGUCCUGGUGUCACUAAAGACAAACGUAUCAAGUACGCUAAGGAAAUCUUGCAGAAGGAAAUGUUGCCUCAUGUGGGUGUUUCGGAUUUCUGUGAGACAAAAAAAGCCUACUUCCUUGGUUAUAUGGUGCACAGGCUGUUGUUGGCUGCGUUAGGUCGUCGUGAAUUGGACGAUCGUGAUCACUACGGAAACAAACGUUUGGAUUUGGCAGGACCGUUAAUGGCAUUGUUGUUCCGAGGAUUGUUCAAGAGCCUUGUUAAGGAGGUGCGCAUGUACGCACAAAAGUUCAUCGAUCGUGGAAAGGAUUUCAACCUGGAGCUGGCAAUCAAAACCAAAAUCAUUACCGACGGUUUGCGUUAUUCGUUGGCCACAGGUAACUGGGGAGAUCAGAAAAAGGCCCAUCAGGCUCGUGCCGGAGUAUCUCAGGUGUUGAACAGACUUACAUUCGCCUCAACUUUGUCCCAUUUGCGCCGUGUCAACUCUCCGAUUGGUCGUGACGGUAAGCUGGCCAAACCUCGUCAGUUACACAACACUCUCUGGGGCAUGAUUUGCCCCGCCGAAACACCUGAAGGUGCUGCUGUCGGAUUAGUAAAAAAUAUUGCUCUCAUGGCUUACAUAUCCGUCGGAUCGCAACCGUCGCCAAUUCUUGAGUUCUUGGAGGAGUGGUCGAUGGAAAACCUUGAAGAAAUUGCCCCUUCUGCGAUAGCCGACGCCACUAAAAUAUUUGUCAAUGGAUGCUGGGUUGGAAUACAUCGCGAUCCGGAGCAGUUGACGGCCACACUGAGAAAACUACGUCGUCAGAUGGAUAUCAUCGUAUCUGAAGUAUCUAUGAUUCGUGAUAUUCGAGACAGAGAGAUUCGUAUCUAUACCGAUGCUGGACGCAUUUGUAGACCUUUGCUGAUUGUCGAAAACGGAAGUCUAUUAUUACGCAAAAAUCAUGUUGACAUGUUGAAGGAUCGUGACUACAACAACUAUGGCUGGCAAGUGCUGGUCGCUUCUGGUGUCGUUGAAUAUAUCGAUACUUUGGAAGAGGAAACUGUCAUGAUUGCGAUGACUCCGUACGAUUUAAAGCAGGACAAGGAGUACGCAUAUUGUACCACCUAUACUCACUGCGAAAUUCAUCCGGCUAUGAUCCUCGGCGUUUGUGCCUCCAUUAUUCCGUUCCCGGAUCACAAUCAGAGUCCGCGUAAUACCUAUCAAAGCGCUAUGGGUAAGCAAGCUAUGGGCGUCUACAUCACCAAUUUCCACGUUCGGAUGGAUACACUUGCGCACGUACUCUACUAUCCGAUGAAACCGUUGGUGACCACUCGUUCUAUGGAAUAUCUACGUUUCCGUGAGCUUCCAGCCGGUAUCAACACUAUCGUAGCAAUUCUGUGCUACACUGGCUACAACCAGGAAGAUUCUGUCAUCUUGAACGCAUCCGCUGUAGAACGUGGCUUCUUCCGAUCAGUGUUCUACCGUUCUUAUAAGGAUUCAGAGAGUAAGAAAAUCGGCGAUCAGGAGGAACAAUUCGAAAAACCCAAUCGGCAAACCUGCCAGGGAAUGCGAAACGCUCUAUACGACAAACUGGACGACGAUGGUAUCAUCGCACCGGGUCUCCGUGUUUCUGGCGAUGAUGUCGUUAUCGGCAAAACUAUCACACUCCCGGAAACAGACGACGAUCUGGACGGUACUACCAAGCGGUAUACCAAGAGAGAUGGGUCCACCUUCCUGCGUAAUUCGGAAACCGGAAUUGUCGACCAGGUUAUGUUGACAUUGAACAGCGAAGGUUACAAGUUUUGUAAAAUUCGUGUCCGCUCGGUUCGUAUCCCGCAAAUCGGUGACAAAUUUGCUUCCCGUCACGGUCAGAAGGGUACCUGUGGAAUCCAGUAUCGCCAGGAGGAUAUGCCUUUCACGUGUGAGGGCCUCACUCCGGACAUCAUUAUUAACCCGCACGCCAUUCCAUCCCGUAUGACAAUUGGUCACUUGAUCGAGUGCAUCCAGGGUAAACUGGGUUCCAACAAAGGUGAAAUCGGUGACGCGACGCCGUUUAACGAUGCUGUUAACGUGCAGAAGAUUUCCACUUUCCUUCAGGAGUACGGCUAUCAACUCCGUGGCAACGAAGUGAUGUACAACGGUCAUACCGGUCGGAAAAUCAAUGCCCAGGUUUUCCUGGGUCCUACAUACUAUCAGCGUCUCAAGCAUAUGGUGGAUGACAAGAUCCAUUCGCGUGCUCGAGGUCCGGUGCAAAUUCUGGUCCGACAGCCUAUGGAGGGUCGUGCCCGUGACGGUGGUCUGCGUUUCGGAGAGAUGGAACGUGAUUGUCAAAUCUCGCACGGUGCUGCUCAAUUCUUAAGAGAGCGCCUAUUCGAGGUAUCCGACCCCUACCGGAUACAUGUGUGUAACUUCUGCGGCCUGAUUGCGAUUGCCAAUAUGCGCAACAAUACGUUCGAAUGCAAGGGAUGCAAGAAUAAGACACAGAUAUCGCAGGUAAAGCUGCCGUAUGCCGCGAAACUAUUAUUCCAGGAACUGAUGGCUAUGAAUAUCGCACCGCGUUUAAUGGUGCUUUAAUUGCGCGUUACUCUAUACUGUUCUGGAGCUUCAGGAUGUAAUAGUAGUAAGAAUUACUUAUUGAUGACCCAUUUGAAACUUCAUUUAGACUAUUUUAUUCAAGACAAUUGUGUAAUAA